AUGUCCGAGCUGCGGGACGUGCUUCCUCCUCUCGGAGAGCGGGCCCGGGCGGCGAGGCUCGCGUUCCUGGGCGUCGUGGCUGCGCUGGCCGCUGCAAUGGUGCUGUCGUAUCCUCUGGGAGCCAUCGCAAGGCUAUUCAGCCCGUCACGGCCCCCUUCCGCCCGGAGACGUCUAGCUUCGGCGGUCUUCGCCGUCUACCUGUCGUUGGCGUGCCUCACGCUGUGCCUGGCAGAAGACGGCUGGACCGGCCUGGACGCCGCGUACUUUUCCACUGCCACGCUGACCACGGAGAGGGGCAGACAGGGCAGCGGCAUCGAUUUCACGCGUCCUAUGUCUCAACAAGAUGAAGAGGAACACCAGGCGCGGGUCGCUGACGCUAUAUGGGCCUUGGUGGGUUUCCUGAUGGUGUUGCUAGGGUGCGCCGGCGUCUUUCUCCGGGCGUCGCGGGGUGGGGGGGGCGGUGCCGUUGACGAGGGGGGCGACUUGCCGGCGACGACGAGCGUGUUGGGGGCCGUGUUUUCUGCGCUGCUGGCGCUCAGCACCGUAGGGUGA